AACAGACUGAAUCCCAAGUGGAGGAGACACAGUGCGGAUUCCUGGGGUUUUCUGGGGCGGGGAGAGACGGACUGUGUCUAUGAAUACAGAGGUGGGGGGAGAGCAGCAGCCCCAGGACAGGGCACCGUGUGCAUGAUGGGGUCACUCUCUCACUCCCGUGUCUUGGGGGUCCUCUCUUUCCUCGUCUGUACUUUCCUGCCCGUCCAGUCUGUAAUAUAUGCGUACUCAGAUGCGAGUGUCAGGGAACCGCAGAUGUUUGAUGACCUUCCUGCUCUGUUCGGGCCCUCGCUGCCUAUUGAUGGCAUGAAGGGCAGUUUGGUUGAAGCUGUACCAAGCAAUGCCUGCUCACCCAUCCUGCCCCCUCCUUCACUGGCCAACGGGACCAGUUUUGUUGCCCUUAUACGGAGAUAUGACUGUAAUUUUGAUACCAAGGUGUUGCACGCCCAGCUGGCCGGGUAUCGAGCUGCUAUAGUGCACAAUGUUGGCUCUGAGUUACUGCUGCACAUGAGCAAGAAUAAUGAAACUCUCUCCAAUCACAUCCACAUCCCCUCAGUGUUUAUUGGCCAGAGGUCCAGCAGGUCUCUUCUCAUCAAUUUCUCUUACUACAACAACUCCCAUAUUUACUUGAUGCCGGAUUAUUACUUCUCCCUGGGAUAUUAUCUCAUUCCUUUCAUUGUGGUGGUCUCUGCCUUCAUUAUUAUCAUGUGCAUCGUGAUGGUCGUACGAUGUGUCCAGUACCGGAAACGCAUGCGCAGAAACCGCUUGUCUAAAGAACAACUGAACAAAAUCCCAAUCCACAAGUUCAAAAAAGGGGAUGACUAUGAUGUCUGCGCUAUCUGUCUGGAGGAAUACGAGGAGGGCGAUAAACUUCGGGUGCUGCCCUGCUCUCACGCCUAUCACAGCAGCUGUGUGGAUCCCUGGCUGACAAAGACCAAGAAGAGUUGCCCGGUAUGUAAGAACAGAGUUUUCCGCUCCGACUCUGACUCCGACUCAGACGCUGAUGGGAAUGUGACUAAUGGAGAACAGGGGGGUGAAAGUGAUGAUGAUGAGCGCACCCCACUUCUGCGCCCGGCACCUUCGUUUGGCAGCAUGGCCGAGUCCCCCCGUGCCCAACAGCAGGAGGAGGAGGAGCCAGUGGCUGCUACUGGGGUCAUCGUGUGAUGCUGGAAGUGUGGCCUUUCCCAGAAUCCUCUGCUCCUACAUCCCCUCUAUGAUUGACCCCCCCCAUACUCCCCUUUACUGAGAGGGACAGUGAUUGUACUACGUAACCAUUCUCUCUAAUCAUUCUGUGACUCCUCCCAUAAUCCCCUCUUGUCUCCCCUUCCCACAAUCCCUCAACCCAUGUGACUGCUUAAUCCCAUCACCCCUUGCUUCCUCUCCGGCUAAUGCAGGGCUGAUCAUGGCUGUUAGUGAGACGGUUGGGCUGUGGGCGAGACAGUUGGGCUGUUAGUGAGACGGUUGGGCUACGAGUGCUGGGCGGGGGGCUCUGUGCCCAGUUUGCAGGGAGAAGGGCUCCUGUUUUUCAAUAGAACGGUUGCCAAAGGCCAGUCAGUUGGCACAGAAGAUUGGAAGUGGCAGUAGCAGUGGGCAUGUGCCCUGAGGUGUCUGUACCCUGUGAUCCCCCUGUACAGGUUUUAUAUAAAGACUUUCCUUACUAA